AUGGAUAAAAGGAAGAAAGGCUCAACUGAAUUAAGGCUUAUGGUGGUUGGUAGCAGUGGACCAUCUCAGUUCCAACUAACCAAUGCCAUACUUGGGAGAGAGGAGUUUCCUAAGGAUAUCACCAGCAUUUCUGGCAGCAUGAAGAAUUCUGGAGAGCUGGCUGGUAGACGAGUGGCCGUGGUUAAUGGACCAAGCAUCUAUGACAAGGAUAUUUCUCAAGCAAAGAGAAAGAUGGAGCUGAGGAGGUCAAAGUGCUUGUGCAUCCCUGGUCCCCAUGCUUUUCUUGUUGCCUUUGACAUAGAGAAUAUUUCCCCGAAUGAUAUAAAAACUCCCAGACUGAUGAAGGAACGCUUUGGGUGUCACUGUCUGAGGCACUGCAUGGUCCUCCUGGCCACUGAAGGACAUCUGGAGGACGCUGUGUUGGAAGACAAGGUGCUGAAGACCAACUGGCACCUGAAAGAACUUAUCCAAAAGUACGGAGGACGCUUUCAUACUUUCAGCAAGAAUUGGAGAGAUCGCAGCCAGGACCAAGCACUCCUGCAGAAGAUAGAGUGGCUGGUGGCCUCGUUAGGAGGAGGUUGCUUCUCAAGCAGAACCUUCCAGACGGCAGAGGACUAUGUGAAGAAGGAGGAGAAGAAGCUCAGAAAGCAGAGGGCGGCAGAGAUAGAGAAGGCAUGGAAUGAGAUGGAGAAGCAGUACAUAGCAGAGGAGCUGUAUCAUCAAAAAGAUGCCUACACAACCAGUGUUGGUGCUGAGAUAAGAGCUAAGGCAGAGAUGGACAAUGAGUGGCUCAGAACCUCUCUGGCCAGAGGACUGGGGACAGGGUUUGUUGUGGGAGCUGUUCUGGGAGCGUUGGUUGGGUCUGUAGAGGGUCCAGGAGGAAUGGUUCUUUAUGGGAUCAUAGGUGGUGCAGUUGGAGGAUCAGCAGGAGGAACAGCCCAGGUAGCUAUAAAGCACAUGGAAGACAGAGUGGCUCCACCUGCCCGACUCAACUUCAACUCAAUCUUUAUCAACCGCUUCUUCGCAGCUCCUCGACCAUGAUGAUGAGACACUCACUUUUUAUCUGUUAGUCAAAAAGAUAGUAAUCUUGGUAUCUCAUUGUUGAUUAUGUAGUUUCAGAAGAUAAAGUAAUGGACGAUUCCUAAACAUGAUUACCACGCAUACUCCUUUGAAUUUGAUCUUUUUUGGAUAGUCAAAAAC